AUGCAGUACCGUGAUUUUUCAUCCCGCGCAGAUGUGACCACCAGCAACAAAAUUGCUGCACGUUUAGUGAAGUUGGCGUUUGCUGGUUUUGGAUACUGCUGCGGUGUUCUCACAAUAGACCCCGUCGCAAAGAAACUGGUAAUAGCUGAAGAGAAUAUCCUAAGAGAUAUCCAAAUUCAGGAGGAACGUGAAGCCAUGGAUUGA